AGAGCCCUUAGGGCCUUGGGGCUCGAGCUGAGCUGUUCUGGCCUUGGCUUCGCUGGCUGAUGGCGUGCCUUGGGAUGCUGUAAGCAGGUGGGGACUGACCAAGAAUGCCAAAGAGCAAGCGCAGCCAGGAUGAUGAGGAAGAGGGGGUGAUUGUCGCAGCUGCCAGCAAAAUCCUGGGUGGCUUUAGGGCAUGCCUGGGAAAAUUCUCAUCCAGCAAGCCGCCGGAGCCAGCCACAGAGGUAGUGGAGCUGCUGCAGGACAUGAAGAUCACCCCCCGCUUGGUCAUGCAGUUCCACAAGAUCUUCAAGAGGUUGAAGCAGUAUGAUGCCAUUACACUGCGAGUUGGACCAAAUGAGGUCAGCACAUCCAGCAUGACCCGGCUAGUGAAGAACCAUCGCAAGUGGGUGGCCAAGAUCAUGAUCCUGUUGCUUGACUUGGCAGGUUUUAGAGAUACGGUGACCUGGGACGGCUUUCUCUAUGUCACAAUGCAGUUCUGCGCCUUGUCCAAGCUUGAGCUUUGCCAGGUGAUGUUCUACGUGGUGUGCAAGGAAAUGAAGAGCUGGACGGUGCAUUACCUCACCAGCAGCCAGCUGGAAGAUUUCUACGAUGACUACUACCAAUGCCCAGUAGCAGCGUUCAACACGAGCUCUAUUGACUUCGCCAAGCUACCGCUGGCCAAGUAUCGCAUGCAGGACUUCAUCGAGCUGUGUUAUAGAUUCAGCCAGCUCAUCAAUCCAUGCAUGCACCUUCAGAGGUCCCUGCAACAGUCGCUGCCCUCUUUGCGGUUUUGGUCGGACUAUGACAGGGUGAAGGUGUACAACCGCAAAAUUACAAUUGACUUCUUUCGGUUUAAGAAAGUGACCAACAUGUUGGAGCUCAUGCAACGACAGGCUGGCAAAAGUCUGGGCCCCAUACAGCAGCACCGGUUUGCAGUCAACGAGCAGUUUGCAGUUCUGGAGAACUCAAGCCUGGGCUUCAAGGACAAUAUUGAAAAGUUCCGCUCCACUGUGCUCAAGGCGAUGGAACUGUGCCGCCCAACUCAGAGUGGGGUUCUGCCUCUGCCAACGUUGGGCGUGCACCCUCCUACAAAGACAAAGUUGCAGCGAGAGAUGCAACUGCCACAGUGGAUGCAUCGACAUUUGGAGAUGAAUGAGGCGCCUGGAAUUCAUGGCGGACACGCGCUGGGGCACGCGGCGCAGCUUGAAGCAAAUAAGCGCGAAAAGGUGCCAACCAUGCUCCAAGCAUCGCAGAUGCCAAAGUCCGUGGAAGAAGCAGAGGCUUUAGUGCGCUCAACUUUCGGAGAGAUGGCAACGAGGAGCAAGAUCAAGCAAAUCGCGGCAAAUCUAUUUCAGCAUGCCGCAAAGCCACCAAGUGAAGACAGCAGACAGAAGUCUGUUGUUCGAAGUCAGGAGCUCGAGUUUAUCCGGAUGAGCCGUCAAGAGGUGGAGCCACCAAACCUCGUGCGCACCAUGUACAGGCUUUUUCAGGAGGAGCUCAUCAAUAGGACGCCGAAGGAGGCGGCAAUCUAGCAGGUGCCUACAGGGUCUCGGAUUUAGGCUGGGGCAUCGCUCGCGAUGCAAGUAGACAUUAGGCCGAGUAUUGUUUCACUUUACGAUGGCUGUGCCAUAGGCAAGGCCAGGCUUUGGGUGCUGCCUUGCAAACGAGUUGUC